AUGUCCCGCGUAGCAGCCCGCACCCUCCUCAGCACCGGCGCCCUCACCGCCCGCUCAGUCCGACCCGCUUCGCUCCCCGCUUUCCGCGCCGUUCUCCCGCCUACCUCCUCCCCAACCUCUUCCCUCUCGCUCUUCCGCUUCAAAUCCACCACGACCUCAUCAUGGGCCAAGAACCCCGUGAUCACUUAUGAAGAGCUCAAGCCUUAUACUCAGCAGCCUACUGAUGACGUCCUCAUUGUGGAUGUACGUGAACCGGACGAGGUCGCGCUCGGGUCGAUCCCAUCGGCGGUAUCAUUGCCUCUGAGUCAAUUGCGCGAUGCGCUGGAUAAGAACUUUGGACCGGGGGAGUUCCAAAAGCAAUUCGCCUUCUCCAAACCCCUCACUUCCCAAAACCUCAUCUUCUUCUGCCGCUCCGGCAAGCGUUCCGCGACCGCCUCGGAAUGGGCACAUGAGAAGGGGUACAAUAACGUCCGGAACUACCAGGGGAGUUGGCUGGAUUGGAGCAAGCGCGAGAAGGAGAGCGGGAGCGAUGAGGACUAG